AUGGGCAUCGUCAAAGGAGGCGCAUUGCGCCUUUUCCAGACCUUCCUCUACGCCCUCGCCUUCUGCUGUUCCGCAGUCAUCCUGGGCAUCUACUCCUACUUCCUCUCCGUGCUCGCAGACAGAGACAUUGCCAUUCCAACAUGGGAGAAGGCUGUGGAGGGCCUGUCGGGUGCCGCAGUCCUCUACCUCAUCUUCGCCGUGAUCCUCACAUGCUGUCUGGGAGGAAUUCAGGUGUUCGCUUUCCUCGCAUUGGUCCUUGACAUCUGCUUUGUCGGUGCUAUGAUUGCCAUCGCUGUCAUGACCCGCCAUGGAGCGAGCUCGUGCAGCGGCAUUGUCAACACUCCGCUCGGAACUGGCGAGGCAAACUCCCACGCAGCUGGCUUCAAUGGAGACUUUGGAUUUGGCGACAACGACACUCUUACCUACGCUGUGUCCCUGCACACCGCUUGCAGACUCAACACUGCUGCGUUCGCCGUGUCCAUCAUCGCUGCUAUCCUCUUCCUCAUCACUGCUGGCAUGCAAGUCCUCCUCGUCCGUCAUCACAAGAAGGAGAAGCGCUACGGCCCAUCCCCAUCUAACAACUACACUUCUGGCUUCGGCAAGCGCAAGUUCUGGCAACGCAAGCCAAAGGGCAAUGCUCGUGACACCGAGCUUGGUGCUGGAGGUCUCGCUGCCCAUGGCCCUGACAUGCGCCCAAGCCACGAGACUGGCACGACCAUUGGCAACAACAACGCCGCUGCCUACGACAAGGAUGCCUACGCACCACAACAAGGUUCCCACGGAACCUAUUACGGCGCACCCCAAGGGACCGCAAACCCAUACACAAUGACUACCGGCACUGCCACCAAUUACUAG